GAAUAAACGAUGAAAUCAUUCUCACUCAAUAUGAACAGUAUAAGCAACUUGAAGGCUUCUGGAUCUACUGUUCUGUUCACCAACCAUGCAUUAAAUGAGAAUGUAUAGGAAGUCCUAACAAUCACCCCAUGUAUACAUUUUAACACAGUUCUUUCUUUUUAUUGUUAAAGAAAAAUUUAAUUUGUAAAUGCAAUUAUCGCGGCCCGUAUGACUUUGAUCGGAGGAUUCCCUUGCUUCUGUCAAGACUCAUCAAGUUGACUUUUAUGUACUAAGAAGGAAAGGAUGUUUGGGAAAAGGUUUAGAGACAAAGAAACAGGAAUCAUUUAUGAUGAAAAUGGAAAACCGUGCAAAAGCUGCAACAUUUUUUCCUCUUUUCAAUCAGCUACGAAUGGAAUGAAUGCAGAAAAAAAAACUGAGGUUCCUUCUAAUUCAGGUUCGUCAGACAAAGGUAUGUCUGAGUCGCAUACAAUAUCCAAAGAAGUACCUGAUUCUGUUUCUUUCCCUAGGUUACCAGACGUCGCUGAAUUGGGCCGCAGUACUUGGACGUUUUUACAUGCUAUGGCUGCUAAUUAUCCCAAAAAUCCCUCCGCAGUUGAGCAAAACAACAUGUCAAGCUUUUUGCAGAAUUUUUCCAAAUUCUAUCCUUGUUGGGCUUGCGCUGAAGAUCUUAGACUUUGGAUGGCUAGAGAUGGAAAUUCUCCUAAAGUUGAAAGUCGUGAGUCUUUGUGUCACUGGAUAUGUGAAGCUCAUAACGAUGUGAAUGAACGCUUAGGAAAGCCUGUGUUUAAUUGUGACAUUUGGGCUAAGAAAGCUUCCAAGAUGACAGAUGAUGAAUAGAUUUAAUUACUAUGGUCAAUAAUGCUCGUAUGCCUCCUCCUCUCUUUCUUAUCAAAUUAUUUGCUCUUUACUUGAAUAUUUUUAAACGCAUUAUACUAUCCAUUACGCUUACGAUAAUUUGAUUGUGAUCAAAUUACCAUUGAACGGAAACAGUCGAUAUUACAGUCGACAUGGAGUAUGACCUUAGAAAAUGAGAUUUAUGUUUAAUUUUGUCCGAUUUACCCAACUUUUGUUCUACCAUUAUCCGUAUUUGCAAUGUGAAACCAUAACCUGAAAUAGUAAAUCUUUCAUAUACGAAGUUUUUGACGCCAAGCUCCGGUAUAAAAAAGAAAGCUUUUAUAUUUAAAGGCACAUAUACAAGCGUAACUAUAGACGAUGUUCUCAAUGUGCUACCGUCCAAAACAAAAUGAAAUGCGAUUAUAAUGUAGUACCGCUUAUAAAUUGGUGCCUCAACCUUUUGGGUGACUUUAACUUUUCUUUUUUUUGUUCUUAAAAAUUAUUUAUAAGCCUAUAUUAAACUGCUUGUUCUAAUUGCUGAAAGGUUCUUUUCAUUAAGCUUUGCAUUAAAAAGGAUUUUAUGUUACGAAAAGAAAAGAAGGAAAAUCCAUUUUUACCGGUUGUACGUCCAUUUUUAGAGAAAUAUAUGAUCAAUAAGAAACCAGUUGCUACAUUAUCCUGGACGUUAUUCAUCUAAUCCUCUUAUGAUUUGUUUUGUCUAAAACUAGCGCCGUAAUCUCAAGUUUUGAUUACUCCAAUACAACAGCCUCUUGUUAUCCAAGAACCUUUGCUUAUUAUUCGAGAGCAAGGCGCUUCAUAAAAAUCAAUCCGGUUCAUAAGUUUGUAGUCUCUGAGGAAGCUUUUAAUCCUGUAAGCCUUACUGAUAUCAAGUUUGCAUUUCUUCUCAGGCUUUAACAUAGGCUGAAGAGUCUUAAUAAUUCAUAGACGUUUCUUUCAAGACUUUUGUUGCCAUCUUUCUUAUGGUGCAAACUAUUAAAAGUUUGUGGACUAGGUCGUCUAUUUAGAAAACAUGAUUAUAGAUAGAAGGCAAUCAACAUCAUCCUUUGUAAUUGUAGGUUGAAAGAAUUACAGAUGAAUAUCCUAAUGAUGAGAGUCAUUUAUCUUCGCAAGUUUGAACACAUCAGUUAUCCGUGCAUCAACACAGGGUAGACGAUAAUUAAUGUUAAGACAUGUUUCUCGAAAUCACUUAUAGUUGUGUUUCAGGUUCCUACGAAAUCCAUAAUAGCAAACUCUCAUUAUAUGUGAACAUAACCUCGGACAUUACACUAAUAUAAGAGAAUCCCAGUAUAACUUUAAUUUCACUGGACACUCCCGUAUGUUGAAUUUAAUAUGUGGUCCCAAUAUAACAAUUUUUGAGCGACGGUUUCACACCAAUAAAUACAAGAAAAAGAAAAAAGAAUGGUAAAUUAAAGAUGGGUAGUAGCUAUAAAUAAGACAUAAAUACAUAACCGAAUAGUAAU